GCUGAUCGGUUCAUGUUAUUAAAAGUUCAUAUUUCAAAGAUCAAACUUUUGUUGUCUGGUAGUGUAAAUCAGGGAAUUUAAUAAAUCUAAUAUACACCAAUUUUAUAGAAACACGCCACGUUGCCUUUGUUCGUUGUGUGUCAUGCAGUGAAGUUUGCCAAAGAUGAAGCUCAUUGGAGAUGAUUGAUCGUUUCAUUUGUUGUUUCCUGGUUUUCAUUAUAUUCUGUAUCAUGUUAAAUAUUAUUGGAAUCUUUUUUUUUUACUUGAAACACUUCAUAUAAUCUUUUGCUUGGUUACUAAUACCGAAUUUAUUGAACCUUCUAAGAGUUUUUGUAAUAGCAUCGUUCAAAAUGCUUCAGCAAAUCCUAAAAGACAUGUAUAUAGACCCAGAGCUUCUGGCUGAAUUGUCUGAAGAACAAAAGCAAGUGUUGUUCAUCAAAAUGAGAGAAGAACAAGUUCGUAGGUGGAAAGAACGAGAAGCUGAAUUUGAAAAAAAAGAGAAAGUCAUAAAUUUGACGACGAAAAAGACGAACAACAAAAAAGGAGCGAACGUCCAUUAUUUAAUGGGAGCAGACGGAAAUCCGUGGACUUGGGUGUUUGGAGAAAGCGAUGAAGAUACGUCAGAAGACGAAAAAGAAAGAAGUCUGCGAGCCUUGGAAGACAGAGAGGUCGAGCGAAAGGCAAAGGAGCUGGCAGAAAAGGAAGCCGCUGAGCUGAGAAGAAAGGAACUUGCUGCUAUUGAAUUGAGAACCAAGCAACUCAAAAAUGAAGAAGAGAAACUCGAGAAAGAUCGUGCUGAAAAAGAGAAAUUACUCAAUGCAAACAAACAAUUGGUAGAUCAAAACUAUGCAAAGGCGAAAAACAAAUUUGUGAUCAAACUUGAUGAAAAUGAGAAGCGGCAAUUCAUAAACCGAAAUAAUGUAAAAGAGAAAGAACAGGCGGAUAGGCGCAAAUUGGAAGAGUUGAGGGAAAGAAAGCGAAAGGAAGAAGAACAACGAGAAGCAGAGGUUAGAGAAAAAGAGAAAUUGGAAAAAGAAAAAUUGGAGAAAGAGAGAAAAGAAAAAGAAGAAGCGGAUAAAAGAAAGGAAGAAGCAAUGAGAAAAAAAGACGAAUUGAAAAAGCAAAAAGAACGCGAAGAGAGACAAAAACAAGAACUAGCGAAAAAAGAAGCGGACGAAAAACGUAUACGAGAGUUGGAAAAACAAAAAAAGGAGGAAGAAAUGAGGAUAGCGGAACUAAAAAGACUGGAAGAAGAAGAAAACGAGAAAAAGAGAAUAAAGGAAAAGGAACUGAAAGAAAAACAAGAGCAGCGGGAGAAGGAAAUUUAUGAGAGGAUAAAAAAGCAAAAAGAGGAAGAAAGGAAGAACGAGGAAGAGUCAAGAAAGAAAGAUUACGAGGCUUGGAUCGAACGUGAGAAAAAGGCGAAAGUUGCGGAAUAUGAAAGACGAAGUUCUGUCAGUAUGGCGAGACGAGAAGUAAAACGUCGUGAGGAAGAAGUUAAAGAACUUCAAAAGCAAGGUUUUAUCGAAGUCGCGAGUGGUUUAUACCGACGUCUUUCACAGUCAAAAUCCAGGGCACAUCGUGUAGACUUAAAACAAUCGGAAAGUAUGAAAAAAGAGCGGCCAACUAUUUCUUCACCUGAACUGAUUAGCGCUACUGGAGCAACGAUUCCAGUCCGUUCAAUCAAGCCACCGAAACCAGAACGUUCGCCGCCCUCAAUACCUCGGAGAAACACUCGUCUCGGUCCUGCCCCUCCUCCCCCAGUAAAAAAUGGUAAUCCUGUUCAACAGAAAAGAACCGAUCGUCCACAUAAUCGACAACAAAUUAUUGAAUGGUGGCAAGAGAUCGAAUUACCAAAAGGUUCCGGAUUUCAAGAUGAUGCCGCUUUACCUUGGUUUCAUGGUAUAAUAUCAAGACAGGAAGCUGAAAGUUUGUUAGAAGAGAGACCUGUCGGUAGUUUUCUAGUCCGUGUUAGUGAACGAGUUUGGGGUUAUACAAUCUCGUAUCGAGCUGCUGAUCGCUGCAAACACUUCCUUAUUGACACCAGUGACAAUUCCUACCAAUUCUUUGGUCACAAUCAAAUAGCACACGCCUCGCUCAAUGAUUUAGUAAAAUUUCAUCAGACCAGGCCUGUGUCUGGCAUCGGAGGAGAACUUUUGUUAAAACCUUGUGGACAGAAAGAUGUCAAUGAACCUGACUAUAAAGAACUUGUCUCGCAAACAACAACAAUCUAACAAACAAAUAAUUGAAAAAUCAAUAUAUAUUUUUUAAAAACGAACUAGAAAAUAAUUUUGUACGUUGAUAAAAAUCUAACUAUAUUCAUUCGCAUUGGAAUCUGAACUGUGGUAAAUACUGUAUGUAGAAAAUUUAUUAAUUGUUUAGUAUAUGUAAUUCAUUAUAAUUUAUAAAUCAUAUAAAUUGUUUAUUACAGUUUACUUAUAGUUACCUAAAAGUAUAAUGCAAAAUUAUUCGGAA